CAGCCUGUUGCUUAUUCAUUCAGAGUGGGAAAGCGCCAGCCCAGCGGCCAGCCAGUGUGGGGUUGGCCAUGUAAGGCCCCCAGGCGGUCCUGCUCGCCCGUGCCCUGCGGAGAGCCUCGUGCAGCCCUGGGCACCGCCCCUGCCCUGCCCUGACCUCUUGGCCUCGAAAUGGUGUCAUCGGAGGAGUCGUCCCGCUCGGGACAAGGCCAGGAUGGACAAAGCUAGAGCUGGGGCAGGCAAGGAACCGUCCUAUCCUCGAGGCCGUGGGAAGAGAACUACGCACAAGGGGCCACUCCUGAGAGCCUCUCUGUCUACCCGGCCUCUGCUGAGGGGCCACCAUGGCUCUGGUCCGAGCCGGCUGGCAGCUGGGGGCCGUAGUGUGGGGCGCCUGCCUGUGCGUCUUGGUGCAUGGGCAGCAGGCACAGCCCAGGCAGGGUUCGGACCCUGGGCGCUGGCGGCAGCUGAUUCAGUGGGAGAACAACGGGCAGGUGUACAGCCUGCUUAACUCGGGUUCAGAGUACGUGCCUGCCGGGCCUCAGCGCGCGGAGAGUAGCUCCCGGGUGCUGCUGGCUGGCGCACCCCAGGCCCCGCAGCGGCGCAGCCAGGGGGGCCUCCGGCGUCGGCAGGCGCCCUCUCUGCCCCUGCCUGGGCGCGUGGGCUCAGACACUGUGCGCGGCCAAGCUCGGCACCCAUUCGGUUUCGGACAGGUGCCCGACAACUGGCGCGAAGUGGCCGUCGGGGACAGCACCGGCAUGGCCCGGGCCCGCACCUCCGUCUCCCAGCAACGGCACGGGGGCUCCGCCUCCUCGGUCUCGGCCUCGGCCUUCGCCACCACCUACCGCCAGCCGUCCUCUUAUCCGCAGCAGUUCCCCUACCCGCAAGCGCCCUUCGUCAGCCAGUACGAGAACUACGACCCAGCGUCGCGGACCUACGACCAGGGCUACGUGUACUACCGCAGUGCGGGCGGUGGCAUGGGUGCAGGGGCAGCAGCUGUGGCCUCAGCGGGGGUCAUUUACCCCUUCCAGCCCCGAGCGCGCUACGAGGAGUACGGAGGCGGCGGCGAGGAGCAGCCGGAGUAUCCGGCCCAGGGCUUCUACCCGGCUCUGGAGAGGCCCUACGCACCGCAGCCGCAACCACAGCCCCAGCCCCCCGACGGCCCCGACCGCCGCUACUCGCACAGCCUGUACAACAACGAGGGCACUGCGGGCUUCGAGCAGGCCUACCCCGACCCCAGCCCCGAUGCGGCGCAGAGCCCGGCCGGCGGUGGGGCCUACGGCGGCGACCCCCGCCUCGGCUGGUAUCCACCCUACUCCAAUGUGCCACCCGAGGCCUAUGUCCCGCCGCCGCGUGCCGUGGAGCCGCAGCCACCCUUCCGCGUACUGGAGCCGCCCUACCUGCCAGUGCGCAGCUCCGACGCGCCCCCGCCGGGUGGGGAGCGGAACGGCGCACAGCAGGGCCGCCUCAGCGUGGGCAGCGUGUACAGACCUAACCAGAACGGUCGUGGUCUCCCUGACUUGGUUCCGGACCCCAACUAUGUGCAGGCAUCCACUUACGUGCAGAGAGCCCACCUCUACUCCCUGCGCUGUGCUGCAGAAGAGAAGUGUCUGGCCAGCACAGCCUAUGCCCCUGAGGCCACCGACUAUGACCUGCGGGUGCUGCUGCGCUUCCCCCAGCGCGUGAAGAACCAGGGCACAGCAGACUUCCUCCCCAACAGGCCGCGGCAUACCUGGGAGUGGCACAGCUGCCACCAACACUACCACAGCAUGGACGAAUUCAGCCACUAUGACCUGCUGGACGCAGCCACAGGCAAGAAGGUGGCUGAGGGCCACAAGGCCAGCUUCUGCCUGGAGGACAGCACCUGCGACUUUGGCAACCUCAAGCGCUAUGCGUGCACCUCUCACACACAGGGCCUGAGCCCAGGCUGCUAUGAUACCUAUAAUGCGGACAUCGACUGCCAAUGGAUUGACAUAACCGAUGUGCAGCCUGGGAACUACAUCCUCAAGGUGCACGUGAACCCAAAGUACAUUGUUUUGGAGUCUGACUUCACCAACAAUGUGGUGAGAUGCAACAUCCACUACACAGGGCGCUAUGUUUCUACAACAAACUGCAAAAUUGUUCAAUCCUGAUCUCCGAGAGGGACAGACAGACAACCUCUCCCCUUCCAAAGCAGACUCUGCUCCCCAGGCAGCCUCUCACGGAGGAGGAGCCCAGUCCCCCAACCAACAGGGGGGGCAGCUAGACGCCAGGGGCAUCCCUCCCUGCCGGCCUCAGGGAGCAAACGUGGACCAAACCACAGGGAUUCUGGAUGCCAGGCCCUAUUUUGUACCUAACUCUUCUCUACAACAUUGUUUUGCCAGUUGUUGGUUUUUAUUUUUUAUAUCUUGGCCAUACCACAGAGCAAGAUUGCCCAGGUCGGGGCUGAAUAAAACAAGGUUUUUCUAC